CAGGUGUCCAGCUGCAUGAAUUCUGUUAUUUGGACACUAACUGGCUUCCAAAAGAGAUAUCUAGAUAAUUUGCGAUAUGAUCUGUCUGCAAUUGAACCAAGGAAAAUCAUGAAGCCUCAGCUUAAGUUACAAGAAAAUGGGGGUAGUAAUAAAUUAUCAGAAAAUCUACUUAAUGGAGAAUAUUGUAAGGAUUUUAUCAAACAGGGUUCAUCUGGUAAGGAAAAUCAAUCUUUUGCACUGUGUGAAGGGAAGCUCCUUGUUCAUGGCCUGCCCUUUUUGUUUGAUGUCCCUCCUAAUAUCAUACUGACUCCAUAUUGUUCUAGUGGAGAUUGUAGUGGAUCAUUUAUUGGAUUCGAGGCGUUGGAAGCGAAGAGCAGACAUGUUGUCUCUGUGGGUAAGUUUAAAGGCAUUAGGUUUGUGAGCAUUUUUAGAUUUAAGGUCUGGUGGUCUACACCGUUGGUGGGAAACAAUGGGAGAGAUGUAGAGUCGGAGACUCAGUUUGUGCUGUUUGAUAAGGCUGCUGAACAUUAUCCUUACGUGCUCAUUCUACCCAUUAUAGAAGGCAAGUUCAGAGCCUCAUUACAAGGAGGAAGUGAUGACUAUGUUGAUGUGUGUGUAGAAAGCUGCUCAAGUUUUGUGAAGGAAUCCAGGUUCAGGAGUUGUAUAUAUGUGCAUGCUGGCUAUGAUCCUUAUGAUCUAAUUGGGGAGGCCAUGAAAGUUUUGGAAGGUCAUUUGGGGAGUUUUAGGCUUCUCAAGGAGAAAUCACUUCCUCCUAUUGUUGAUAGAUUUGGAUGGUGCACUUGGAAUGCUUUUUAUUUGAAGAUUAAACCAAAAAGUGUGUACAAGGGUGUGAAGGAGUUUGUAGAGGGGGGGUGUCCUUUGGGGUUUGUUAUUAUUGAUGAUGGGUGGCAAUCUAUAUGUUUUAAUGAUAGUCCAGUGGAAGAAGCUAGUGAUAUAGCCAUAGCAGGCCACCAGAUGACUUGCAGGCUUAGGACAAUUGCAGAGAAUUACAGGUUCAAGGACUACAUAUCCGGGUCUAUGGGACUUAAGGGUGUUGGUGGCAAUGAUGAUAGGACAAUUGGAGAAAACUGCAAGCCCAAUGAUGAUGGUGAAGAAAAUUACAAACCCAAUGAUGAUGGUGAAGAAAAUUACGAAUUCAAGGACCAGACAUCUGGGUGUCUGAGAUUUUCUGAUGGUAGUGAUGAUGAUGCUAAGUUAAGUGUAAACAAUAAUAGAGGAAUGGCAGGACUUGUGAGGGAUUUGAAGGCUGAAUUUGAGCAUCUGCAGUCUGUUUAUGUAUGGCAUGCACUGUGUGGUUAUUGGGGUGGAGUUCAUCCUGCUACAACUAAGUUCUCUUCCAAGGAAACAGAAGUGGUUCUUUCAGAAGGCUUGAAGAAAACAAUGCAUGAUUUGGCGGUGGAUAGGCUGAUAGACAAUGGAAUAGCUGUUGUGCUUAGCCAUGAAAUUCAUAAAUUCUAUGACAUGUUUUACUCUUAUCUUUCCGGGCAGGGAGUAGAUGGAGUAAAGACAGAUGUUAUCCAUUUGCUUGAAACUAUCUGCGAGGAGGAGGGAGGCAGAGUGGAGAUGAACAAGGCAUAUUUUAAUGCCUUGUCUGAAGCUACUAGAAAGUAUCUCGGUGGGAAUAAUGUUCUAGCAAGUAUGGAGCAGUGCAAUGAUUUUAUGCUUUUAGGUACUCAGGCAAUCUCACUGGGAAGAGUAGGAGAUGACUUCUGGACUGAGGAUCCAAAUGGGCCAUACCCAAGGAACCCAAAAGAUGGAUUUUUCCUUCAAGGUAUUCAUCUGCUGCAUUGUGCUUACAACAGCUUGUGGAUGGGGCAAUUCGUACACCCUGAUUGGGAUAUGUUUCAGUCAACACACUACAGUGCUUACUUCCAUGCUGCAUCCAGAGCCAUCUGUGGAGGUCCUGUCUAUGUGAGUGAUAGUUUGAGCGAGCAUAACUUCGACCUUCUUAGAAAACUGGUGCUACCAGAUGGGACAAUUCUUCGAUGCUGCGGCUAUGCUCUUCCCACAAGAGACUGUCUCUUUCACAAUGCUUUGGAAGAACAAGACUGUUCAAUACUCAAGAUAUGGAACGUUAAUAAGUAUAAUGGAGUAGUUGGAACAUUCAACUGCCAAGGAGGUGCCUGGAGCAGGGAAGAAAGAAGAUUCAAGAACACAGGCAUUGACCAACUUCAGAUUUCAAGUGCUAGAGUCUCCCCAAAGGAUGUAGAGUGGAAACAAAACUCAGAAACCAAGGCAAACUGCAAAGAAGAAAAUGUUGAAGAAUUCGCUGUAUAUCAAUGGAAGGCAAGGGAAUUGUCCAUAAUAAAAGGCAACAGCAGCAGCACAGUUUCUGUAUUACUGAAGCCUCUGGAAUUUGAGCUGAUUACUAUGAUUCCUGUGCUCAAAUUUUCUGAAACAGUAAAAUGGGCACCCAUUGGGUUACUCAACAUGCUCAACUCAGGUGGGGCAGUGCAGAACAUAGUUGCUUCUUCUUCUUCUUCAGAAAUUCAUGGGCAUGUUGAGAUCAGAGGACAUGGGCAGAUGGGGUUGUAUUCAUAUGUGAAACCCAAAAGAUGUACAGUAAAUAACUGUGAUAUGGAAUUUGGGUAUGAUGAAAAACAAGGGCUGGUUGUAGUGGAAGUUCCAUGGAGAGGCUCAGGCCUGAAUUCUAUGCUGAAUUUGUUCUUCUGAUAAUGAGCAUGGAUCGUCUUCACUAUCUUACAAUUCGGGAAACAUUUUUUAUUUUACUUGUAUUUAUUAAAAUAAGUUCUAUAUAAAUAAUUUGAAAUAAUAUUAUUACAGAUUCA